GCUCGUGGGAUGCGGACUUGGCUGGGGGGCUCACCACGACCUCAUACGCACGGAAUUACUGUCGCUCCCACCCAAUCGAAGACGCACAGCAACGGAGCCAGAAGAAGCACGUCGAUGUUUUAAACUUUGACAAUGCUGUUGUUACAAAUCGCGGCGUUUUUGUCGGUAGGGGCGUGCGCCCUCGCCCAGGUACCCGAGUUCAGCGACGUGUGCACGGAGGGGAGCUGCUACCCUGCCACGGGUGACCUGCUGAUCGGCAGAGCUCACCAGCUCUCCGCCACCUCCACCUGCGGACUGCUGCAGCCGGAGCCGUUCUGCAUAGUCAGCCACCUCCAGGAAGAGAAGAAGUGCUUUGUUUGCGACUCCAAGCAAGUCUACAAUGAGCGAAUGAACCACACCACCAGUCACAGCAUCGAGAAUGUUGUGACAACGUUCGCCCCCAACCGCCUGAAAACGUGGUGGCAGUCGGAAAACGGUUUGGAGAAUGUGACCAUCCAGCUCAACCUGGAGGCGGAGUUCCACUUCACCCACCUCAUCAUGACCUUCAAGACAUUCCGGCCCGCUUCUAUGGUGAUCGAGAGGUCAGCUGACUUUGGGAAGACCUGGCAGGUGUACCGUUACUUUGCAUAUGACUGCGAGGCCUCCUUCCCCGCCAUCUCCACCGGGCCAAUGAAGAAAGUGGAUGAUGUCAUCUGCGACUCGCGCUACUCGGACAUCGAACCCUCAACAGAAGGAGAGGUCAUAUUCCGUGUUUUGGAUCCGGCCUUCAAGAUCGACGACCCCUACAGCCCUAGAAUCCAAAACUUGCUGAAGAUCACCAACCUGCGGGUGAAGUUCACCAAGCUGCACACGCUGGGGGACAACCUGCUGGACUCACGCAUGGAGAUCAAGGAGAAGUACUACUACGCCGUGUACGACAUGGUGGUGCGCGGGAACUGCUUCUGCUAUGGCCACGCCUCCGAGUGCGCCCCCGUGGACGGCGCCGGGGAGGGUGUGGAAGGCAUGGUUCAUGGGCACUGUAUGUGCAAUCACAACACAAUGGGUCUGAACUGUGAGAAGUGCCAGCAUUUCUACCAUGAUUUACCCUGGAGACCAGCUGAGGGACGUAACACCAACGCAUGUAAAAAGUGUAACUGUAACCAGCACUCGGGCGCGUGCCAUUUUGACAUGGCCGUGUACAUGUCCACGGGGAACGUGAGCGGCGGCGUGUGUGAGGACUGCCAGCACAACACCAUGGGACACAACUGCGAGCAGUGCAAGCCCUUCUACUUCCAGCACCCCGAGAGAGACAUCCGCGACCCCCACAUCUGCGAGCCCUGUAACUGUGAUCCUGUGGGCUCUCUGAACGGCGGCAUCUGCGACCGGAUGACUGACGUCUCCGCGGGGCUGAUCGCGGGCCAGUGCCGCUGCAAGCCCAACGUGGAGGGAGAGCGCUGCGACCAGUGCAAACAGGGCUACUACGGAAUGAGCGAGGACCCGCUGGGCUGCCAGCAAUGCACCUGUAACCCUCUGGGUACAGUGCCGGGAGGAAGUCCCUGUGAUACAGACACAGGAAACUGUUACUGCAAGCGCUUGGUGACCGGCAGGAACUGUGACCAGUGUCUGCCCCAGCACUGGGGACUCAGCAACGACAUGGACGGCUGCCGGCCGUGUGACUGCGACCAGGGCGGAGCCGUCAAUAACGACUGCUCAGCAGAAACCGGACAGUGUCAGUGUAGGGAGCACAUGUUUGGCCGUCAGUGCAACCAGGUGGAAUCUGGCUUCUACUUCAUCGCCCUGGACCACUACACCUACGAGGCAGAGGACGCCAAGUUUGGGCCUGGCGUGACUGUGGUGCAGAGGCCAUAUCCCCAGGACCGUACCCCAACCUGGACCGGCGUAGGGUUCGUGAACGUCCCCGAGGGGGCGUACCUGGAGUUCAGCAUCGACAACAUCCCCCUGUCCAUGGAGUAUGACAUCCUGAUCCGCUAUGAACCUCAGUUACCUGACCAGUGGGAGGAGGUCAUCGUUACAGUGGUGCGACCCAGCGUGAUCACGACUGACAGCCGCUGCGCCAACACCAUGCCGGACGAUGACAACCAGAUGGUGUCCCUCCAUCCGGGCUCCAGAAACGUCGUCCUUCCGAGACCUGUGUGUUUUGAAAAGGGUCUGAACUACACCAUCCGCCUGAGCCUGCCUCUCUAUUCUGCCUUGAGUGAUGUCCAGUCUCCCUACACUCUCAUUGACUCUAUCGUGCUCAUGCCGCACUGCAAGAACCUCGAGAUCUUCACGGGGUCCGAGGGUGGCGACGUGGUGACCAACAGCGCCUGGGACACCUUCCAGCGGUACCGCUGCCUGGAGAACAGCCAGAGCGUGGUGAAGACGCCCAUGACCGACAUCUGCAGGAACUUCAUCUUCAGCGUGUCCGCACUGCUGCACCAGGGAGCCAUGGCCUGUCAGUGUGACCCCCAGGGUUCGCUGAGCACCGUGUGUGACCCCAACGGCGGCCAGUGCCAGUGUCGCCCCAACGUGGUCGGCAGGAACUGCGACAAGUGCGCGCCCGCCACCUUCCUGUUCGGACCCAGCGGCUGCCGAUCAUGCGAAUGCAACCCCCAGGGCUCGGCCAGUGCUUUCUGCCACCAGGCCACCGGUCAGUGCGAGUGUCUCCCGGGCACCUACGGACGCCAGUGUGACCGCUGCCUCCCUGGCCACUGGGGCUUCCCCAACUGUCGCCCCUGCACCUGCAACGGCCACACCGACCACUGCCACCCCCAGACCGGAGAGUGCCUGGGCUGCAGGGACCACACCACCGGGCACAACUGCGAGAGGUGUCUGAGCGGUUACUACGGAGACCCAGUCCUGGGUUCAGGGGAUCACUGCCGGCCGUGUCUGUGUCCUGAUGGGCCGGGCUCCGGACGCCAGUUUGCCGGAGGGUGUUACCAGGUUGCAGAGUCCUUCCAAGUGCUCUGUGCCUGCAACCAGGGAUACAAAGGUGCCAGGUGUGACGAGUGUGCCCCCGGUUACUACGGCAACCCCCACGAGGUGGGCGGGCAGUGCCAGCCGUGUCAGUGCAACAACAACAUCGACAUGCUGGACCCCGGCUCGUGUGACGCGCGCACGGGCGUCUGCCUCAAGUGCCUGUACCACACGGAGGGCGAGGGCUGCCACCGCUGCAAGCUGGGUUACUACGGCGACGCGCUCACCCAGAGCUGCAGGAAGUGUGUGUGCAACUACCUGGGGACGGCGAACGAGACUUGCCCGUCGCAUGGGGAGUGCCACUGUGACCUGGCGAGCGGGCAGUGCCAGUGCCUGCCCAACGUGGUGGGCCAGAACUGUGACCAGUGCGCCCCGGACACCUGGAACCUGGCCAGCGGGACCGGGUGCGAGGCCUGUGACUGCGACCCCACCCACUCUUUCGGGACGUCCUGCAACGAGCUGACCGGUCAGUGCUCUUGCAAGCCAGGAUUUGGGGGCAGGACAUGUCGGGAGUGCAGAGAGCUCUUCUGGGGUGACCCAGAGGUCAAAUGCAAUGCGUGCGACUGUGACCCCAGAGGCAUCGCCGAGGAGCAGUGCAACAAGGCGACGGGCCACUGCGUCUGCAUGGAGGGCGUGGCCGGGCCCAGGUGCGACUCGUGCGCCCGGGGUUACUCGGGCGAGUUCCCCGAGUGCGUGCGCUGCCACCAGUGCUUUGCCGACUGGGACCAAGUCGUCGGCGACCUCGCCAACAAGACGCACAGGCUGGUGCAGAGGGUGAGCGCCAUCAAGGCCAGCGGCAUCACCGGGCCCUACCAGCACACCGUCGACAACGUGGAGCAGAGCGCCAGCGCCAUCAGGGCCAUCCUGGCCCAGAACCCGGCCGCCCAGCCGCUCUCCGAGAUCCAGCAGCUGCUCGAGCAGGCCACUGACCUGAUGGCCGAAAUGACCAACAAGCUGAACGUCACAGAGGACACAUUGAGCCAGAUCUCAGGGGAUGACAACAGCACAGAUGCCAAACUGGAUUCGCUCAAAGAGGACGCUGAGAAGCUGGACAAAACUAUCAAGGAGCUGCUGGACCAGGUGGAGUUUGUGAAGAACUCUGAUGUGCGAGGAGCAACAGACAGCAUCACCAAGUACUUUCAGCAGUCCGUGGAUGCAGAGGAGCGUGUGAACGCUUCCACAACUAACCCCGACAGCACAGUCGAGCAGUCAGCCGCUCUCCGCAAGCUCAUAGAGGACAAGAUGAACGAGACCAAGGAAGCGUUCCUGCAGAGACAGGAGGAACAUGGCACUAAACUGGACGACCUCGCUGGUCAGCUGGAAACCCUCAACCUGUCAGAGCUCAGCGAGAAGACGUGUGGCAGCCCAGCGGGGUCCGAGUCGUGCACAGACUCGCCCUGCGGGGGGCUGAGCUGCCAGACCGAGGAGGGGACCAGGAAGUGUGGGGGCGAGGGGUGUGACGGCCUGGUCACCCUCGCUCACAACGCCUGGCAGAAGGCCAAGGACUUUGACCAGGAGAUCUUCAAUGCCCUGGAGGAAGUGGACAAACUGUCCAAGAUGGUGUCGGAGGCGAAGGUGAAGGCUGACGAGGCCAAGCUGAACGCUCAGGAGGUCCUGCUGAAGAGUAACGAGACCAAACAGCGCGUGGACCAGAGCAACGAGGAGCUGCGCAGCCUGAUCAAGCAGAUCCGAGACUUCCUCACACAGGAUGGAGCAGACCUGGAGAGUAUUGAGGCGGUGGCCAACGAGGUUCUGCAGAUGCAGAUGCCCACCACACCGGCACAGCUGCAGAACCUGACCGAGGAGAUCCGGGAGCGGGUGGGCAGCCUGUCCGACGUGGAGGUCAUCCUCAACCAGAGCGCCGCCGACAUCCAGCGAGCCGAGAGCCUGCUUGACCAGGCCCGCAAAGCCAGCAAAGAGGCCACGGACGUGAGGGACACUGCGGUCCUGGUGAAGGAGGCCCUGGAGGAGGCUGAGCGCGCUCAGACCGCAGCGGCCGAGGCCAUCAAGCAGGCCACCACCGACAUCAAGGGCACCCAGGACCUGCUGACCUCCGUAGAGUCAGAGACGGCAGAUUCGGAGUUCAGGCUGAACAACGCCACUCGGAGACUGAUGCAGCUGGACAGAGACGUGGCCCUGCUAAGGCAGAAGGCCAUGGACAACGCUCUGAGCGUGGAGCAGACCGAGAAAUCCACAGAAGGCACCAACCAGGUUGCGGAGGAAGUGAAAAAGGAGCUGGACACAGAACUGAAGCAGAAGUACAGCUCUGUAGAGGAUCUGAUAGCAGAGAAGGCCGAGGGCGUGGCCGACGCCAGGAAGAGGGCGGAGCAACUGCAGCAGGAAGCCAAGGAGCUGCUGUCACAGGCCAGUGAAAAGCUGCAGCUACUGAAAGACCUGGAGAGAUCUUACGAGGAUAACCAGAGAACUUUAGAGGACAAGGCCACCCAGCUGGUAGAGCUGGAGAAGGCAGUCAAAGAGCUCCUGCAGGAAAUCAGUCACAAAGUGACCGUCUACAGUACCUGUCUGUUUUAACCUUCAGUCUCCACCACCAAAUUAACCCUCACAGAGGAUAACCCUGACACAUGAUGUACCACGUAUUUAAAUUUAUACCUCACCCUGAAAAAAAAAGACUAACCCAUGGUAAAUUGUGUAUGCCAAAAAUGUGAAACACUUUACUUUUAUACUGGAGGAAAAAUUUAAAGAGUAUAAAUUUAAAAAAAGCUCAUAAACCAAAGCCUUUUAGACUGAAAAAGAAUGUAAAGACAUGUUUUAACCAAGAGACUGCAAAUAAAGAUUUUUUUACUGAUUUUUAAAAAAAAAUAUUUUGUACUAUUGUAUGCAGAGCGAAUAGCUAAUUAAAAUU